UGCUUUAGUGUGGUGUGGUCACCUGCGGACCCCGUUCUCUUGGAUACGGGAGUUUUAGGAGAAAUCAUCGAUGCCCGUGAAGGUUUAUGCCGAGGAAAUGGAGGGUGAAAGUAUGAAGAAGAAGAAACUGUCUGAAACUCCUCUACCCAAGAUAAAAAAGAGAAAAAUGAAGAAUGGGGACACAGAAGAUCUUGAUUUGGAACAUAUGGCUGAAUCCAUAAAUGGAGAGAUCAACAACAAUAAUCCGACUCCCAAGUUGAAGAAAAAGAAGAAGCCUGCACCAAUAACAGAUCUCUCUGAAACCGCAGAAGAAUGUGACGGAGAGCAGCCAGAUCCAAGCACUCCCACACCAAAGAAAGUCAAGAAGAAAAAAAUAAAAGUGAGCAAGGAAGAUUCAGACUCACAGGAAGAAGCAGAACAAUCUGAACCACAAACGAAUGGCGUGAAGAGCGUUAAAAAAUCUAAAAAGAUCAUAACAAGUGAUGAUAAUGAACCAACUCCUAAGAAAAGAAAAACUGAUACAACGGAGAUCACUACAGCCAAGGAGUGUGAAGAAAAGGUGUUAACCAAAGAGGAACAGGAAAUAAAUCAAGAAAAAAUAGACGGUGACUUCUCUAAAUUUCCACUUUCCAAGGAGACCAUUAAGAAUUUACAAGCUAAAGGAGUGAGCUAUCUGUUCCCAAUUCAGUCAAAAACAUUCCACACUGCUUACAGUGGCAAAGAUGUUGUGGUCCAGGCCCGUACAGGCACAGGGAAAACAUUCUCGUUUGCUAUUCCUUUAGUGGAGAAGCUAAAUGAAGACCAACAGCCAUUGGCUAGAGGACGUGCACCUAGGGUGAUAAUCCUUACUCCAACCAGAGAGUUAGCUAUUCAAAUCACAAAUGAAAUCCGCAGCAUCACUAAAAAGCUGAAGGUCUCGUGUUUUUACGGAGGAACUCCAUAUCAACAACAAGUUUUUGCCAUUAAAGAUGGAAUUGACUUCUUAGUCGGGACACCUGGCCGUGUGAGAGAUCUUGUCCAAAAUUACCGCUUGGACCUUACAACUUUAAAGCACGUGGUACUAGACGAAGUUGACAUGAUGUUCGAUAUGGGCUUCUCCGAACAAGUUGAGGAAAUAUUAUCGGUUCGCUACAAAGCUGAUCCUGAAGAAAAUCCCCAGACUCUCUUGUUCUCUGCAACAUGCCCAGACUGGAUGUACAAUAUGGCUAAAAAAUAUAUGAGAAAACAAUUUGAAAAAAUUGACUUGAUCGGGCAUAGAAGUCAGAAGGCUGCCACCACUGUUGAGCAUUUGGCCAUCGAGUGCACCAGAUCCCAGAAGGCAGCAGUCCUUGGAGAUUUAGUUCAGGUGUACAGUGGAAGUCAUGGAAAAACCAUCAUCUUUUGUGAUUCAAAAUUAGAAGCUCACACAUUAGCCACAAGCUGUGGCUCAUUAAAACAGUCUGCCAAAUCAUUACAUGGAGACCUCCAACAGAAGGAAAGGGAAGUCGUCUUGAAGGGUUUCAGGCAGGGAACAUUUGAAGUUCUUAUUGCCACCAAUGUUGCAGCUCGUGGACUAGAUAUCCCAGAAGUUGACCUUGUAGUAUUGUACUCUGCACCAAAGGAAGCAGAUGCUUAUGUUCAUCGCUCAGGACGUACAGGAAGAGCCGGACGCACAGGCGUCUGUAUAUCCCUUUAUGAACCAUGGGAAAGGCAUUAUCUCAGGAAUGUGGAGAGGAGCACGGGAAUCACAUUCAAACGUGUUGGAGUACCUUCCUUAUUGAAUGUUGCCAAAUCAUCCAGUGCUGAUGCAAUAAAGUCCUUGGAUACAGUUCCAGCUGAUGUAAUUGAACAUUUUAAAGAAUAUGCCCAGGAACUGAUUGAACAGAAGGGUGCAUUAACUGCCAUAGCUGCUGCUUUAGCUCACAUUUCUGGGGCGACGUCCAUUAAACAGCGCUCUUUGCUCAACAUGGAAGCGGGUUACGAGACUAUAACAUUGAAGAGUUCAGUACCUAUUCACAGCUUAAGCUAUGCUUGGCAAUCCAUUAAAGAACAACUGGGUGAUGAUGUUGAUUCCAAAAUCCAUAGAAUGUGUCUACUCAAGGACUCCAUGGGGGUGUGUUUUGAUGUUCGUUCAGAAAACCUGGAAUCAAUGCAGGAGCGCUGGACAGAUACAAAACAGUGGCAGUUUACAGUUGCAACUGAACUACCCGCAAUUCAAGAAUCUGAGAGAAACUUUGAUGGACCAAGGAAUAGAGGUUUUGGCGGAAGAGGGAGGAGACCUUUUGACAGAAGAAAUAAUUCCAGAAAUUCAAACCGAGGAGGCGGAGGAAGAGGCAGGAAUAGAAAUGGGGGGUUUAGAAGGGGCCGUUAGUGACUCCGAACAUGCCAAUUCAGAUUAACUUUUUCAAUACUUCCUAAAGUAACUGAAGACAUAUUUUUAUGCAAUAUACAAAUUAAAAGCUGUU